AUGGUUUCUUCUCAUAAUAAUAACGUAAUGAAAUCAUUUAGGUACAGGUUACACAGUCGGAAAAAAAAUAGCCGUUUCCAAGGUUCUUUUUCGGAACACAUAAGAAAAAAGAAGUUGUUAACACAAGUUUGUCAAGAAGUCCAACCUUUGCAAACUUCAAAAUUACCUCAGCCUCCUUUAGACGAAACAAAUUCGAAUGCAUCAGUUCAAUCUCAUAGUUUUGCUCGGUACCCGAAAAUGCAUUUGAAUAUACCGAACGAAAUAAUAUCCGGUAAGAAUAAUUUAUUGACUAGUUGUAAAACUCUUGGCCCUGCGUCAAACCAAGUUAACAAAACGAUAAAUUUUAAUUUACACACGGAGAACGAUAAAAAAAUUAACGAAACGAAAUUAAAAACACAUUCGAACGAAAAUUUAAAUUGCAAAAGUAGUCAGGGUUGUAAAACAUCCGGAGGAGUCAAACAAUUCAACAGACGUAGUUUUCUAGCCGGAUUAAUAAAUGCACGUAAAAGAAGAGCGGAAGCUUGUUUUAGUUGGCGAAAAAAAAAAAGAAGAAAAAAAAUUAAAAGGAUUCGGCUGUCAGAUUCUCAUCAUCAUCAAGAUGAUAUUUCAGGGCUGAAUGAGAUGAGCAUGGAAAAGCCGGAUGCGGAAAAGGAAAAUUUUAUUAGGAGUUAUAGUACAAAUACAAACGUGGAUGCAUCACUCGAUGGUAAAUCACCGAUCGGACUAAGGGAAAAUAAUGAAAUGGAUAAAAGUGAAAAUGAAAAUGCGAAUGAUUUGAAAAUCAAAGGGAUCAAACUUAAAAUAAAACGCGUCGAAGGAAACAAAUUGAAAUUAGUUAAUAGUGAUUCGGAAAGUUUAAAAACUAAUAAACCUAACGAAUUUACCGAGGAAAGCAACACAAUUAAAUGCAUUGUGAAUAAAGAACUCGCGUUCUCGAGUGACGACGACACGAACGUCAAAGAUGACGAUGAUGACGACGUAUUAAAAGUACAAAAACAAAAUGAAUCCAAGACUGACAAUGUAGAAAAUUAUAAAGUAAGUACAGGGGAUAAAGAGCUUUUAAGUGGGAAAAUGAUGAUAAAAACGGUGAUAAAAACUCAAAACGGUGAAUUAAGUGUAGAGAGUACAGAAAACGAAGGUACGAACGAUAAAAAACUCGAUAAGGAAUUGAAAUGUGAAAUAAGCUUGAGAGAUAUACCAAAGAGUUGCGUUUUGUUAGAAAACGUUUGCAGAAGAAAAGAAAUUUACAAUAAAUACGUGAGGAAAACGAACAACGGAGGAAUAAAUGACGAAAUCAAAGAGAAGAACGUGAACGUUUCCGCGUCGGAAAUUUCGAUACGUUCAUCAAAAUUAAGCAAUAAAAAAAAAAGGAAAAGGAAAAGAGGAAGUAAAUUAAAGAAAGUUAAGGAGAGGAGGAGGAGGAGGAGAGCGACGGGGAAAAAAGUCAGAUUUGAAAAUGCAAUCGUGGAAAAUUGGAUAACUCCCUGCGACGGCGGCGACGAUGGUGACGUCGGUGACGAUGGUGAUGAGUAUUCAAAUGUCCUCGUCGAUUCUCAUCGUUUGAAAAUCAAAGAUGAACGAUCCAAGAAAAAACAAAUGAAGAAAUAUCGAUUAGUGCAUUGCACAAACGAUAAGAAAGAAGGUGCCACGGAUGACGACGGUUGUGGUAAACGAGAAGAAAAUUCUCUUGUACCUCAAAAUAACUCAAUUUUAGGUGAGUUUUUUAUUUGA